ACUGUACCUCUGACGCCACGCUCCAGCUGUUCGCUCCAAUGUAGCUGACCGGAUACUGAAGUGGAACACAGACUAUCUGGCCAGUUCAGGUUACUUGCUUAAUAGUCCUACCGAUUGUUCAAUAGGAUCCUGGGGAUUGGAAGUCGACCAGCCUUUCCAGGGAGAGUCCCCUUCUAUUACUAAUAUAAUCAUGUUGAUAUGGUUAUUAGUGGCAUCGUAAACAACAGCAUGUAAACAACGGCAUCGUAAACAACAACUGAGAUACCCCACAGAAGCAGAACCUAACUUUGUUCUCAAAAUAAUUGUUAAACUAAUAUGGGGCACUUUUGGUAUGAACUAAGGAAACUUUGUUUUAUCUGUGUUUGAGUAAUAAAUAGGUCAUUGGGGAAGUUUUGCUCGACUGUGACGUUUUUUCCACCCAGCAAGGUUGACAGUCAACACUGAGAAAUGACAGAUGUAUCUCUCACACCUCUAGAAUGAACAUCCUAUGGUUUCUACUCCCCCUCACAGGGACCUGGGCAAAAGAACCUCCAAAAGACAUUUAUGGGUUGGAGGGAUGUUUUAUCUGCAUGGAUGUUGCUGAUAGAGACAUAAAAGAUUUAAAAUGGAUGCUAAAAGAUGACAUAAUAGUUAAAACUAACAAGACAGCUCCUAAAUACGAGAGGAAAAUGGUCUAUUACCAUUUGAACUACACCCUGUGCAUUAAGAAUCUGACAGGAAAUGACAGUGGACUGUACUCUGCAACUUAUGACAAAGAAUGGAGGCAAUCAACUACCGAAUACAAACUCACCGUACAAAAAGCUGUCCCCGUUCCAGCCCUGCUGGUGACAUACUCCAACUCAAGUACGGGACCUUGUAACAUCACGGUGAACUGCUCCGGCUGGGAGUUGACAGUCUGUCGCGGAGGCUCGUGCGCAUGGCCCCAGUCUCUGUCACAGUCUGAUGCCAACAUUUCCAUCUCCAGCAGUAACGGAUUAAUCAACUGUACUGUCAACAAUUACGUUAGCCGUUUUACAGUCUCAAAACUUAUUGAAGACGUACUGUGUAGAGGUGAGAUGCACGGGACAUCAUCACAUCAACUUGACACUAUUUUGUACUGGUGUCUUGGUGGGUUUAUAUUGGUCAUUGCGUUUGUUGGAAUAUUCUACAAGACAUGGAAAUCCCCCAAAAAACAACAACUGCAGUUGAACCUAAGGAGUGUUUCACCAGAGAGGCCAGUACCACAGCCCUCUACAGAGUCUGAGGUGACAUCCAUCUAUGUCACUGCUGGAAAACCCAGAGCGGCAGAAGUGUCGGCAGGGUUGAACCGCCCAGUGGAUAAAGAUCGGCCAGAACCAAAAUCCCCACCACAGGUAGAAGCCCUCAGCACUGUGCAGCCACCAGUGGUAACCACCCUCCAGUGGGUAAACGUGCCCCAACACAAACGGAUAACCAUAUUCCCUGACUACACCAGCAAUGGAAGACGGAUAACCAUAUUCCCCGACUACACCACCAAUGGACGACGGAUAACCAUAUUCCCUGACUACACCACCAAUGGAAGAUGGAUAACCAUAUUCCCCGACUACACCACCAAUGGAAGACGAAUAACCAUAUUCCCCGACUACACCACCAAUGGAAGACAGAUAACCAUAUUCCCCGACUGCACCACCAAUGGAAGACGGAUAACCAUAUUCCCUGACUACACCACCAAUGGAAGACGGAUAACCAUAUUCCCCGACUACACCACCAAUGGAAGACGGAUAACCAUAUUCCCUGACUACAGGGUCGCUACGAACCAGCCACAACGAUUCCACGCCUGA